AUGAUAAUUGAAGAAAUUUAAAAUUCCCCUUAAAAUAAUACAUAGAUAAUUUCGACCAAAGAAUAGUAUUUAUCAGCUACUAAUUAACUGAUUGAAAUGUUUAAGAAAAAAUUAAGCUUGAUUUAGAAGGAAAAAUAACCUAAUCCUCAUUUUGAAAAAAUUGAUUAAGUUAAAUAAUUGUGUAAUGCUAUUGAAUUAGAAAAAUAAAUGAAAAAUAAAGAUCAAUUCGAUAUCCAAAGCCAAGAUAUUCUUGAAGAAUAUGAGACUCAAAAACAGAAUAAAAUAAUUUAAACUUCAUCAAGAAGGGUUUAUUAAUGUUCUUGCCAUAAUAAAAAAUUUAAAACACCAUAACAGCUUGGAGGACACUUGAAAUGGAGGAAAUUUAACAUGAUUUAAUAAAAUAAAAUUUAAUGA